AUGCCUCCAACUACGGAUUACUCGAAAAGCUUCGAUCCGACAGACAAGGACGCAAAAACCAUUGAGAAGUGUAUAAUAGCCCGAAUCGAGGACUACACCGACUUGUACGAUGAAGAUCUAUGGAAUACAUUUCGCGAAGACUUCUCAACAUGGACCGAAGGAGCUUUUAGAAUUGCGCCUCUAAAGACUCUUAUUAACCUACGUGACACCCUGCGAACAAAUGGCGUAUACGUAGCGAAAGGACGACAACAUGCAGCUACUACACUAUCUGAGACAAUUGCCGAAUCAGAGCAGCAUGAAUGGACUGAAAGCGAAGUCAUAUACCAUGUACAACGCCGUGGAACGUUCAGCUCACUAAAUAUCGAGCUCACGUAUGGACCUGCGAUUCGAAGGCUCCAAGCUACGACCCCUAAGGCACCUCAACAAGCUGUCCACUCCAAACCACAAGCAAUGACUAUACCAUACGGAAUGACACUACGAUCUCAGCGUAAUGAGGAGAGAGACACAACACCGACCCCAAUCGCACAAUCGGUGCAGCAACAGUACAAUCCAACAACCCCUGCCGCAACUACGUUAUAUGAGCAGGCCGUACCGGCUACGACGCAUAGCCGCCAGACCGUCCAUACAAACUAUACCACGCAAGACACCUCGUACUACGGGGCGAAUAUCAGUCAGCUACGAAAGGCUUAUUCAGAAGAUCUCCGCUACGGCAAUAAUGAGGACACAUUCGACUAUUCGUAUCAAUAUUUCUUAGAAAUGUGCGGUCAUAUGGGAAUCCACACCCAAGAUGCACAAAGAAAGGCGUUUUUCGUGAUGCUUAAAGGAGAAGCCCUUCGGUACUACUUUGACAACAAGGACGAAUGGGUCCGGCGAGGAAUCAACCCUAUAUCUGCUGUGAAAAGCUACUUUGAGACUGAGGAGCACCUUCGAUUCGUACAGAGUCAAUGGGAUGCUACGAAUCUAGCCAGUACUAUGAGUAAGAACCCUGAUAAGCCAAUUCUAGAAUGCCUUGAAAUUAUGCUUCGGGACCUACAAAGACUCUAUAGCAAGAUUCGUCCGGAGCUACGAAACGACGUCUAUUACCAUUCAAAGCUUGUAUCAGCAACCCGUCUCGUCCCUGCGUGCCACGCCGCAACCGGAAAACCUUCACCGAACAUCUCCAGCCUCAUACAGGACCUACGAUCAAGUAUAAGCCAAUGGGAAGACUCAAAACAAGCAGCAGCGCAACAUCCUAUGGAUUCGUACUAUACGGAUCGCCGCUACUACAGCCGACAGUCACGUUCGCCACAUAGAAGAUGUUCACCGUACGGACGAAGCUACUCACGAGGAAGGAGCAAUCUACGCUACCCUAGCCGUUCACCACGUCGCUACCAAAGCGAAGCACCGAAAACCUGCCACGUAUGCCAUAAACCAGACUGCUGGUCAACUAACCAUACGGAAGAGGAACGACAAGCUGCUAGACGCCCAUACGAGGCUGCAAUAGACAAAUUUAUCAUGGAAUUCGAAGGACAGCCUCCAACGCCAGGGAAACGCUUCGAAUCGUACUUGGCUGAGAUCGACGAACCGAGCCAGUACGACCUCCCAGACCGUACGAAAAGCGAGCCAACUAUGGCAACAGGAUACUUCACAGUUGCCACUACGGAUCAUGCCAAAUUCUCACCUUCGCUAGCAAGCGAACUCGCUAAUCGUUCUGCAGCUCACUAUCUCAGCUGCUUGCUAGGCAACAAUCAAGAAUGUACAGCCAAGCUCACCCCUAGCGACGAAGAUGACACCAACGUACGGAUCAUACCAAGCUCUCAUCAUCUUACUGUACCCGAAUAUGCGUUUCUUGCAGAAGAUCGAUAUUCAUCAAACACGUUUAUAGGGCUACUUAUUGAUACCGGCGCUGCAGCAUUCUCAACGGCUGGAUACGCUCAAUAUCUCGCAUUUCGGAAAGUUGCCAAGAAUUGUACGAUGGACACGUCAACUGCCGGAUCUGUAACUAUACGAUUUGGCGCUGGUAACGCGCUACAAUCUCUAGGUUCGAUUGAUAUAGAGACCCCGGUUGGCAACGUACGAUUCCAUAUUAUUGAGGCCAUGACACCGUUCCUAUUCUCUAUCAAAGAUCUCGACCGCCUCAAGGUUUACUACGAUAAUACGAAGGAUCUCCUUAUCCGCAGCGAACCGUACCUGACCGCGCCAAUCGUACGCCGAUUCGGCCAUCCUUUCCUUAUUUGGGACUAUUCACUAGCAAUGUAUAUCUCACAAUCCUUUGACGACGAGCAAUGCUUCCUUACAGAUACGGAACUAUGUCGAUUACACCGCCGCUUUGGACAUCCUUCUGUCGGACGACUACAUAAAACCCUACAACGCGCAGGCUACGAUACGCACCCUGAAGCAAUAGAAGAGAUCAACAAAUUCUGUCACCAUUGCCAAACCCACGGUAGAUCGCCAGGCCGUUUCCGCUUCACCCUACAGGACGACAUUGAAUUCAAUCAUUCAAUCAUUGUAGACAUUAUGUAUAUCAAUGGCAAGCCCGUACUCCAUAUUGUGGACGAAGCAACGCGUUUUAAUGCCGCAUGUUGGCUUACAAGUAUAUCCGCAAAAGCAACAUGGGACGCGCUACGAAUGUUAUGGAUUGAUACGUACCUCGGACCCCCGGAUUUCAUCGUUACCGACGCAGGAAAGAACUUCGUAAGCAAAGAAUUCACACAACUCGCCUCAUCCGUUAGUACGAUGACGGUCAGCGUUCCUGUCGAAGCACAUUGGUCAAUUGGCGCUGUUGAACGUUACCAUGCCGUACUACGUCGCUCGUACGAGAUUAUUUCGGAAGAAGUGCCAGAGCUAGCACCCGAAUUAGCGCUUCAAAUGGCUGUCAAAGCUGUCAACGAUACCGCAGGCCCAGAUGGUUACGUGCCCACACUUCUUGUAUUUGGAGCGUACCCCCGGAUGACGGAAUACAGUCCUCCUGCACCUACGGUUGCUCAACGCGCUGCCGCAGUCAAGAAAGCAAUGACCGAAGUACGAAGGCUUCACACCGUACGCCAGAUCAAUGACGCGCUUAACACCCGAAACGGACCGUCGUCUACGCUCAUACACCGUCUUCCCCUCAAUUCGGACGUGCUUGUAUGGCGCGAAGGAGGAACUGGAUACCCUGGCAAAUGGAAAGGACCGUACAAACUUAUAUCAAUCGACGGAGAAACAUGCACGAUUGAUCUCCCAAAUGGCCCUACAAAGUUCAGAUCAACUGUUGUCAAACCGUAUCAUAAAGAUGAUGAUCCGAAGCAAGAAAACACUAAUAAUAAUGAUAAGGCUGAACCAUAUAGCGCACCUACGGCACCAUUAAUAGAACCGUCGAACGUACUCCCACCUCCUCCAAAAGUUGCGAUCCCACCGUACGAACCAAAUCACACCGAACCUCAAUCACAACGCCCACAACGCGAACGCCGCUUACCACCUCGAUAUAAGGAUGAUCUUACGUACUUACAAGAGCUAGAUGCCCCAGAUCUACACGCCAUCGCGGAGAUAUUCACACAACUUCUUGCUCCAGGCACGUACGACGAAUCUCGCAAAAAGGAAGUUAACGGACUACUAGAAAGAGGCGUAUUUGCAGCAGUCAAUCGAGAAGACAUCCCGCCAGAGGCCCGCAUCUAUGGCUUUAGAUUCGUUGAUGAGAUCAAGAAUAAAGGCACUAACAAAGCCUUCGAGAAAUCACGACUCGUCGUCCAAGCGUACAACGACAAGGACAAAGAAUUCAUACUUACACAGUCACCUACGAUUCAGCGCUCUAGUCAACGUUUGAUUCUCUGUAUCGGAGCAAGCAAGGACAACGUACAAUUUUGGAUCCGAGAUGUCACGCAGGCUUAUAUUCAGUCAACAACACACCUCAAUCGUGAUUUCUAUAUUCGAAUCCCCUCCGAUUUGCAACGCUUUUUCCCUGGAUGCGAAUUCUUGAAGGUUGAACGACCGUUAUACGGAAUCCCCGAAGCAGGCAAUCACUGGUUCCGUACGUAUCAUGAACACCACGUGAAGCAGCUAGCCAUGGAGACCUCAACCUACGAUCCGUGCCUCCUUCACUGCCGCGAUCCGAAGCAAGGAUUCGGCAUUAUUGGAAUGCAAACAGAUGAUACGCUCAUUAUCGCUGACGAAGCCUUUGCCGUACGAGAGGAAGAGCAAAUCAAACGUGCAAAUAUCCUUUGCAAGCCACGUGAACAGCUUAUAACCAGCAAACCGCUACGAUUCAAUGGUGCGGUAAUUACAGAAGAUGCCCAGGGUGUUACUCUUACCCAAGAACGCACCUGCAAGAAUAUCCGACUCGUACAAGAUCACCCUUCGGAUACAGUCAACUCCCGUGGCAAGAUUCGUAAGAAUGCAUCUCCGUAUGAGCAGUACGUUGCUCAACGAGCUCUUGGUGCAUAUAUUGCUUCUGUAUCCCAACCUGAAGCUUCGUUUGAUCUCUCUUUCGCAGCACAAGCCACACAACCGGAUGAAGAGGAUAUAAAAGCGCUCAACAAACGACUCAAAUGGCAGGCUGACAACCCCAACCGCGGACUACGAUUCGUCAAGAUUGAUCUACGGACCGCACAAUUGUACGCAUUCGUUGAUGCUUCGUUCGCCAACAAUAAGGACUCGUCUUCACAAAUUGGCUAUAUUAUCGUACUCGCUGACGCCCAAAAUAACGCGAAUAUCCUCCACUGGUCCUCUACAAAGUGUAAGAGGAUUACCCGAAGCGUACUUGCUUCGGAGAUGUACGGUAUGGCCAAUGGAUUCGAUGCGGCUGCAGCAAUCAAAUCAACUCUCACCCAACUGCUGCAUCUUUUAGAGCCGCUCCCACUAGUCCUUUGCACUGAUUCGAAGAGCCUUUACGAAUGCCUCGUCAAGCUGGGUACGACACGUGAAAAACGCCUUAUGAUCGAUCUCAUGUGCCUCCGUCAAUCGUACGAACGUCAAGAGAUCACGGAAGUGAGAUGGAUCAACGGUAACAGCAAUCCUGCGGACGCCAUGACAAAGAGCAAGCCCUGCCGCGCUCUACAAGAACUUAUUGAUACGAACAAGCUACGUAUCGACGUUGACGGAUGGGUAGAAAGGCCGUUAACGAAGCGCAACUCUGAGUCAAAGAACGUACGAUUUGCAACACCUGUUACUACACCGGCUCCAUAG